UUUGCUACCUGUGUGAAUGGAUGAAUUCGACAGUGGAAAUUAGCAGAUUGAAAGACGAGUUUUUUUUCAGGAAUUAUCAAACGCCGCGACGGAGAACGUGCCAAAAAUACUGGCCGCUGUAACCAACAGCAAAUGAGCAGAAAGCUGAAUUUCCACUCGCGGAUAAUUUGACUGACUCGAGGGAUUUAGCAGGCUAUUGGGUAACCUGGCUAGCACCAUAGAAUGCAAUGAUCAGCCAGAAAUCUGUUUAGCUAGCUGAGGAAAUAGCAGGCACGUUCACUGGCUAGCUCAUGAAACAGAAGUGCUGAUAAUGUCCGGUUAUUUAAUCUCGAGGCUGCUUAGUCUUUACUGCAUAUGCGUGUGUGAGUUUAGCGCUGUGGAUGUGCGUAUAUAAUAAAUCCCGUUUAUGAGAAAGUGGCCUAGCUAGCAAGGCUAAAGGACUAUACUGUACUGUAUGGACUAGCUAACUCUGUUGCGUUAACCGACCUCCAGUACUGGCUUGCUGACACUAGUUCGGACCUGGAUAAUUCAAUGAAAUGAAUUUGUAAUGUUCUUGAAAAGCAGUUGGAAUUAUCCUACAGGUUUAGCUAGUCCUGGAGUUUAGUGAGGCUGGAUGAGCUAGAAUGAGGUGAUAAAACGGUGGCUAAUGCUAUUCCGGCCUAGACCUGGUGCCUCAAUACAGUGAGAUAUUAAGCUGGAUAACCAGCUGUAAUAAAUGAUGUUAAAGAAGUUUGGCAUUACUGCGUGUUUAAUGUUGCAUAUCUUUACAAAAUGGACCAGGUUUCCAGCUUUAUUCUGAAAGCUGGAGAUGCUGGAUAUCUCAGGAUGUUGAAGAAGUUGUAGUCUUAAACCCCUAUAUAAUAUUCCUGCUCUUUUAUUCUUUCAUAUCUUUGGAAAUUUCUCAAUUCGCACAAUAUAAGCAAAUCCUAUAUUUAAAGCUGGCUCAGUUCUCUGUGUUUAGGUCUAAAUGUCACUCAACUCAUGGACUGAUUAAUUGACUUAAUGUCACAUAUGCAGGCCUGCAGGUUCUCCUUACUUUGAAUGUUAGUAUUUAGUGAAGCGUUUUUUUUUUGGACCGCUGUAAAGAAACCAAACCCAGACUGCUGGUCACUCAGAAGAAACGUUUUCAUGUGGUCAUCUUUCAAAGUACACCUUUUCCUCUGGCAAAGGCCAGACAGAGAAGCAUGUGAUCAGGACUCUGUCCAUCACAAUCAAUCAGUGAGCGUUAUCAUUAUCGGGGGAAACGAUUCUUUGAUGAGUUGAUGAAGCAGUCAUCGCCAAUGGAAGUGUUAAAGCAGAGACUUUAAGGAAAGGAGGGAUUUGAGCUACGUGGAGGAGGAGGUACUGAAAAGAUGGGCUCUCAAGCACUACAGAUUUUGCGGCAAGGGGUGUGGGCUUCGCUGACCGGAGGCUGGUAUGUUGACCCCCACCAGAGCACCUUCUCCAACUGCUUCCACCUCUACCUCUGGAUAUUCCUUCUGGCCUUCCCUUUUCUUCUGUACAUGGCACUGCCACCCACCGUAGUAGUAGCAGGGGCGUACUGCGCUGUGGUGGCCAUCUUCUUCACUGCUAUAAAGGUGGUGAACUUUCGCCUGCAUGCGAUGUUUGACCUGGGAGAGAUUGUAGAGAAGAGGCAGGCAUCGCUGACCACAGACCUUCAGAGAGUGGAGGAAGGUGACGAUGGUUCUGGAGCUCAGGACAGCAGCCAACACCGGGGUAGUGGUGUUGGUGUGGAGAUGACUGUGUUCAGGAAGGUGAACUCAACCCCUCCAGUGCGCUGCAGCUCCCAGCAUUCCUUGUUUGGGCUGAAUCAGGUUUCGGAAUUUUUACCACAACUUGAGGACCCUGGAAGCUCUAAGGACCUCAAAGAGCUGAUGCAAGAGCAAGACGGUGAUGGUCUGAAUUCGACACACAGAGAAGUUCUUCAGCACAACUGUCAGGAUGCAAUCAGAGCCAGUGGUGUGGUUCAGUCCUGUCUUGCUGCAGCCAUUGCUGGGGAUUUUCCCAGGCUCAUGGGAGUGGGUGGUGUGAAGUCAGUAGGCUUUGGGAGCCUGCCCCUGCCAGACUGCCCCUCCAUUCCCCCCUCACCAUCCAGCCAGGAGGAUGGAGAAGAGAAGGAUCCAGCAGUGGCUUGCAGCAAUGUGCUGGAGCAGCAGGCACAGCGAAGGCCGGAGGAGCCUGCAAUGGGUGGCUAUUCCCCACUCGGCCCUUCGGCAGAGUCUGAAAGCUUGGGCGAUGCACCUCUCAGCCCUCUCAUCAAGAGCAGCUUGAGCGAAGAACUGAGUGAGAACCUGUUGGGGCUUGGACUUGACCCAGUGACCUUUGGACCUGGAGCAGAGCAACCAUGUAGUCACAGUGGUGUGGCACUGACAGCUGGAUCAACAGACAGCUGUGUGGCCACUGACCGAGAGACUUUGAGUACAGUCAGCAGCUACCGCAGUGAGAAGACAGACUCUACACAGCUUGAAAGUCCAUCGCUGGGCCAGCACCACAAGUCUGUCCCUAUGCCCUCCUCUGCAGUUCUGGUUAAGGGGUCUUGCCAGCAGCCAGAUGACCCUGCAUUCCUGGGAGGCAGCGACACAGAUGAUCUCUCAGAUAGCGAACUGCUACGAUCUCCCUCCAAAGAGCUUCACCCUGGUCAGGGCCUGGAUCGAACUCUCGUGGAGGGUGAGGAUGCAUCGGGACAGAUCCCAUCCCUGCAAGAUUCGUCCCCUUCUAGUAGCAGUGGCCCUUCAGACGCCUGCAAUCAGGCUCGAGCCAUACCUAUGCCCCCUGUGCCACCUCCACGCCAGGCUGGCUCUGUGCCCUCAGGUCUGGUGUGCUCAGAACCCGCCCUGGCUGUCACCUCUGCACCCUACCUGCUGGUUGAGCCACUUUCCCUGCAGGUUCAGCAGCAGCAAGUGGUGCGGCCCAAAGACUUGAAACUUCUGCGUGCUGGUGGCAGCGUGGCCCAGCGGCCCGGGCGCAGGAAAGCACCACGUAAACGUGGUGCUGCUGGCAGCAGCAGUUUUGACUGUGGCUCGUAUCGACGCCGUCAACAUGGACGCAGCCAACGCAGGGACUAUGUGCCUGUGCGCAGCAGGCUAGGCGCCAAAGCUUACAGUGGAAGCCUGUUCGAGGACUCCAGUGAUGAGGAUGAUGGCAGUGAUGCCAGCGCUGCCUCCAGCCUUGGCUCACAGCGCCGCUUCAGUUCAGAUGACGAGGAUGAGGAUGACUCAAGUUCGUCUACCUCCUGCUAUUCUCCAGAUCCUGGAGUUGCCUCUCAACCUGUCCCCAUUCCACAGCUGCCUAGUCCCAACGAGGGGAAAGAGCCAGCUGCAGUAGGCCCCUUACACACUCGCAGUGCACAGCGCUCAGCCAGCACGGCCAGUGCCAAGACUCAUGCCAGGGUGCUCAGCAUGGAUGGUGCUGGUGGAGGCCACACCAGCACAGGAACUCUGGCUUCCACCAUUUUACCAUUAGCAGCAGCUUCCACUCCUGCUCAACGGCCCCUUACCAUGUCAAAGUCUGACCUGGAGGCUCGCACUGGACACGCAGAGGUUUUUCCCAGGGCUCACAGGCUCGACUCCCUGGGAGGCUCGUGGGCUGGAAACCAGACCGGAUGGAGGGCAGGAGAACUGCUGGAAGAAGGUGCUGUGGGAGGAGCUUUGGCCUCUGAGGAAGGAAGUAAACGGGACUCUGUAAGCAGUGUCAAGAGGACGCAGGCCAUCCGCAGAAGACAUAAUGCAGGCAGUAACCCCACUCCACCCCCCUCCACCAUGGGCUCCCCACCCAGCCUCCAAGAUCUUCAACGGACCCGUGCUUCGUCCCAUUCCCGUGCACGUGCCCUCCCCACAGCCCUACAGUUCGCCUCUUCCCUGUUGCUCCCCCGAAGCGGAGUGCAUGAAGCGUCCACAUUUGACGACACCUCUGAGGGUGCUGUGCACUACUUUUACGAUGAGAGUGGUAUAAAAAGAUCAUACACGUUUGGACCUGCAGGAGGAGGGUAUGAGGACCCAGUGCAGGAGCGUGAAAGACAGUCCCAGUCCUCCAGCUUUACCUCCACUGAAGUGCAGGACGUGGCUCCCACAUUGUCCGUGCUGCAGCCUAGACCUGUGGUCCUCCAGGGCAUGCAGGUGCGCAGGGUGCCCUUGGAGAUACCUGAGUUUGACCUGGAUCAUGAGUCCCUGCAGGAAUCUCAGGAGAACACGCUGAUGAUAGAGGAGAAAGCCAAACCGAAACAGUACUACAAGUUCUGGGUGCUGCCGGGAAAGUGGCUUAGAGUGCGCUAUGACCGGCUGGCUCUUCUGGCCUUACUGGAUAGGAAUCGGCGGGUUGGCGAGAAUGUGUUUGCGGUGGUGCUGGCCAGCCUGGUGGCUUUUCUUGGCUUCUUGCUGCUGUUGCAUGGCUUCUUCAGGGACAUUUGGGUCUUCCAGUUCUGCCUAGUCAUCGCCAGCUGCCAGUACUCCUUAUUGAAGAGCGUGCAACCUGACGCAGCCUCCCCAAUGCAUGGCCAUAACUGGAUCAUCGUGUACAGCCGGCCGGUGUAUUUCUGCUUGUGCUGUGUGCUGAUCUGGGUCUUUGAUCUUGUUGGCCGUUCCAGCAACCUUCAGCCUUUCUCUCUCUAUGGAGUAACCUUCUUCUCUGCGCAUUUCCUGCUGUGUGCCAGAGACAUGCUCAUAGUUUUCACUCUGUGUUUUCCAGUCAUCUUCCUCUUUGGACUUCUACCUCAAGUCAACACAUUUCUCAUGUGUUUGCUGGAGCAGGUUGACAUGCACAUGUUUGGUGGAACUGCCACUACAAGCCCCCUGUCCUCACUCUACAGUCUGUUACGCAGUGUGUUAGUAGCAGCUCUGGUAUAUGGCUUUUGCCUUGGUGCUAUCAAUGCCCCAUGGGGUGAGGCUCAUGUUCCAGUGCUCUUCUCUGUAUUCUGUGGCCUCCUCCUUGCCUUAUCAUACCACUUAAGCAGACAAAGCAGUGAUCCCACUGUGCUGUGGUCUUUGGUCCGUUCCAAAUUCUUUCCAGAGUUGGAAAGCAGGACUCCUGAGGAGCCUCCUCUGGAGAUCAAGGACCCAUUGCCAGAGAAAUUGCGCAACUCUGUGAAGGAGAUUUUACACUCUGACCUGGUCAUGUGUCCCCUCAUGGCCAUUAUCAGCUUUGCCAUAAGUGCCAGUACUGUCUUUAUUGCUCUGCAGCCUGCUCUCAGUUUUGUUCUGUAUAUUCUGGCUGGGGUGGUGGGCUUCCUCACUCACUACUUACUGCCUCAGUUUCGCAAACAGCUGCCCUGGUUCUGCCUGGCCCACCCAGUGCUACGUUCUCGCGAGUACAGCCAAUUUGAGGUUCGGGAUGCAGCUCACCUCAUGUGGUUUGAGAAGCUCUAUGCCUGGCUCCAGUGUGUAGAGAAGUACUUUAUUUACCCUGCAGUUGUGCUCAACUCCCUGACCACAGAGGCCCACACCAUAAGCCAGAACCCUGACAAGCCUGGCACUUAUGGCCGAGCUCUGUUCAUCUCCAUGGCUGGAAUGAAGCUGCUUCGCUCCUCUUUCUGCACACCCUCUCAACAAUACGUCACUCUCUGCUUCACCGCCCUUUUCUUCCAGUUCGACUAUCCACGCUUCUCUGAAACCUUCCUGCUCGACUACUACUUCACGUCCAUCCUCUUUAGCAAGCUGUGGGACCUACUGUAUAAGCUGCGGUUUGUGCUGACCUACAUCGCUCCAUGGCAGAUUACUUGGGGCUCUGCGUUUCAUGCCUUCGCCCAGCCGUUUGCCGUGCCCCACUCGGCCAUGUUGUUUGUGCAGGCUGUGUUCUCUGCUCUCUUCUCCACUCCCCUCAAUCCUGUGUUGGGCAGUGCUGUCUUUGUCACCUCCUACACCCGUCCUGUCAAGUUCUGGGAGCGGGACUACAACACAAAAAGGGUAGAUCACUCUAAUACACGCCUGGCCACUCAGCUUGACCGUAACCCUGGUGCUGAUGACAACAACCUAAACUCUAUCUUUUAUGAGCACUUGACCCGCUCACUGCAGCAUUCUCUGUGUGGAGACUUGCUACUGGGCCGCUGGGGCACCUACAGCACGGGGGACUGUUUCAUCCUGGCAUCGGACUACCUCAACGCUCUUGUGCACCUUAUCGAAAUUGGGAAUGGGCUUGUCACCUUCCAGCUCAGAGGCCUGGAGUUCAGAGGUACAUACUGUCAGCAGCGAGAAGUGGAGGCAAUCACUGAGGGUGUGGAGGAGGAUGAGGGCUGCUGCUGCUGUGAGCCAGGCCAUCUACCCCACAUGCUGUCCUUCAACGCAGCCUUUGGCCAGCGCUGGCUCGCAUGGGAGGUUGCUGCUACCAAGUAUGUCCUGGAAGGCUACAGCAUCAGCGACAACAACGCUGCCUCCAUGCUGCAGGUGUUUGACCUGCGCAAGAUUCUGAUAACCUACUAUGUCAAGAGUAUCAUCUACUAUGUGAGCCGCUCACCCAAACUGGAGGAGUGGCUGUCCAAUGAGACGGUGCAGGAGGCAUUAAAACCGUGUCUCAGUGCUUCCUACGUUGACAGUGACCCCACCUUUAACCUGAAUAUUGAUGAAGACUAUGACCACCGAGCCUCUGGCAUCACCCCAGCUGCCUACUGCAUGGUCUAUCUGGACUGGAUCCAGUACUGCAACAGCCGCAGACAGAAGCCUGUGGACAGUGAAAGAGACUCCCCUCUGGUCACGCUCUGUUUCGGGCUUUGCAUUCUGGGCCGCAGGGCUCUUGGCACAGCAUCCCACAGCAUGUCUGCCAGCCUGGAGCCAUUCCUCUAUGGCCUCCACGCUUUGUUUAAAGGCGAUUUCCGGAUCACAUCACCAAGGGAUGAGUGGGUGUUUGCAGACAUGGACCUUUUGAACCGUGUGGUAGCGCCUGGUGUGCGCAUGUCCCUCAAACUGCACCAGGACCACUUUACCUCUCCGGAUGAGUAUGAGGAUCCAGCUGUGCUGUAUGAUGCCAUCACUGCUAAUGAAGAGAAGAUGCUGAUCUCUCACGAAGGAGACCCGGUUUGGCGCAGUGCCAUUCUGGCCAACAUGCCCUCACUCCUGGCCCUGCGUCAUGUCAUGGAUGAUGGCAGCGACGAGUACAAGAUCAUCAUGCUGAACAAGCGCUUCCUCAGCUUCCGAGUUAUAAAGGUGAACAGAGAGUGUGUGCGUGGACUCUGGGCUGGGCAGCAGCAGGAGCUGGUCUUCCUGCGGAACAGAAACCCCGAGCGUGGCAGCAUCCAGAAUGCCAAGCAGGCACUGCGCAACAUGAUCAACUCGUCCUGUGAUCAGCCUAUUGGAUACCCCAUCUACGUCUCCCCCCUCACCACCUCAUACGCUGGAGGUCACAGCCAGCUCCGGUCCGUCUGGGGAGGGCCCAUAAGCCCCCACAAUAUCUACACUUGGUUCAUCAGUAGCUGGGACAGGCUACAGAAGGGCUGUGGUGCAGGCUGCAACAGUGGAGGGAAUAUCGAAGACUCUGACUGCGGUGGUGGAUCUUCCUCCAUCAGUAACAAUCCUGCAGCAUUUCCUCCCCAGAGUACAGCGCCCACUGUGUCUCAGUCCCACAUUAGCACUGUGCAACCAUCCAUGGGAACUGACAAUCCUGUUGGACCGAGCUGGCCUGUCCAUUCUCAACCCCUUCCCUUGACCCUGCUUAGCCAAUCUGAGGGCCGGAUGGACGCAGGCUUGGUAAACUCUCUCCAGCGCACUUCCUCCAUCCAGGGCCUGCUGGGUCAGCACCUGUCCAGCUCACAGCUGUCCUUCAGUGCAUCUGUGGCUGUGCCACCCACUGAGCGUUUCUGUCCAGGCAGCCUGCAGGACAGUGCCAGCCACAGAGCCUCUCAGAGGGGCAUUAGCAUGGGGCUUGGGCAUGGAAGUAGUCUGCACUAUGACGCCCUCUAUAGCAAGUGGAGUUUGUCUGGCAGGAAAGGCUUUAAUGGGCCAGCGGCAGUGGAAGGGGAUGGAGGGAUGUCUCACUGCAUCCGCACUCAGGCUUUCCAGCCUGUCCCACCUGCCCCGCCCCCUGAGGUCAGCCCAACACAGGAUGCAGUGGCUAUUUCAGUGCCCACAGAGACCACACCCCUUACAUCAGAUCCUCCGAGUUUACGGGAGGAGGCUACCGAACUGCCUUUACUUGAGCACCUGUGAUGAGCCUCUACAUAGACUAACCUGCACAAAUAGGCCUAGACCAAGUGAAGCUCCGGAGCCGGUCUCCUGGUGAAUCCAUGCUCAAUCUAGCUGUUGAAGAUAGCUGGGAUCUUUCUGUUACUUGAGGUCAAGCUUAACCCUCAACUGCUUUUUUUAUUUUGUUUUGUUUUGUUUUUUUUGUCUCCCCCCCCCCCCCCAUCCUCUUUGUGCUUUUGCAGUGAUUUGAUAUUCUUUGAAGCAUUUUUCGCUUACCCUGAAUGGGAGCACUCUAGGAACAGGUGCUGCACAGCAAAAUAGCUUUCAGGUCACACCCCGUGUACGGCCAAGCUAUAAACCAUGUUGUGAACCUCCUGAUCUUCUUUUUUUUUUUUUUUUUUUUUCUUUUUCUUUUUCCCAAAUUCACUUGAUGGCUCAGAAGCCAAAAAAAAAGCCAAGCCAGUACAAUCUAAAGAUUUUUCUUUCUAUGUAAUGGUGGGUGUGUAAAGGUUCUUAGAAACUUCAACAAAAAGGAAAGUCUUAUCUGUAGCAGAGACUGUUGGCUGAAAGCUCUCUCUCCCUGCAUCCACCUGGGCUCUUGAGCACCAAAAGAGUCAGAAGGGUCUUCAUCUACACAAGAAAGGAAGAAACACCAUUACUGUUCUACAGGCAUGGAUCUUGAUAGAUACGCCUACUCCAUCCCCCACCCACAGUUCCUGUUCCCAGAGUUCAUGUACAGCACUUUGGAGACAUAAAUUGAAGCAAUUCAAUUAUUAAUGAAGAAUGACACCUUAAUUUCCAGUGUCCACAGAUAACUUGGUCGACAUUGAGAACCCAUGACCACUGUGUUCACCCCUUCAGGGAAAAGAUGUCAAUACAUAUGUGGACAUACUUAAGCUCAGACAAUUCCCAUGACUUUUGGUGCUCUUCCCUUCAUAGUUUACAGUCCACUAAGGAGAGGAAAAAAUGGAGAACCCUGAAUAUGACCAGGGUUCAAACCUGAAGCAAAAGGAUCAACCUUUCAGAUUUGUUUUACCAUCCUUACAAAGAGGGUAUAUCUUUACUCCUCCAAGUACUCCAUUUUUUUUUUUUUUUUUUUUUUUUUUUUUUUUUUUUUUUGGGUGCCCUGUCCAAGGCCUACCCUCUAUCCCAGUGGUCUCUGGACUUGCUGGAGUGGGAGGGAUACAAUGCUGACUCCUUUGCCUCUUACUGCUGUCGAUCAGCAAGCAUCUGCAGUACAGCUUCUCUUACUGUGAUACUACUGCUACUGCAACAUCCCCUCUACUACUAAUGGAACUAACCAAACUACUGCUCCUUUUCACCUUUAAUCUCCAGCGUUUUAGUUGGAAGAACUUUGCAAAAACAAAUAAAGAUAUACACGUAUAAAACAAAAAAAACAAACAUAUUUAUUUGAUUGCUGUUUGAAGGUGGAGGGUUUGGCUUUUUUGUUCAUUGCACCUGGUUGUCAUUUGCUGAUGCUAACUGGAAAGGUAAUGCUACUCUGAUUUUAGGGACCUUUUGAGAGGUCUUCUUUCACACUCUCUAGUGUCUAGUUUGCUUUAUCAUUCAACUGGAAUUAGGCCCAAGAUUGGCCAUGACUUCAUCUUUGAGUGAAAUCCCCACCACAAUAUAAGAAUGUUCUGUUGGAGAACUUCAUUCUUUCUCAUUUUCUCUCUGCUUUAUUUUGGUCUGUUGUUCUGUACAUAUAGGGCUUCACAUUUGUGACUUCUACAAAUUAAGGUAUGGGAAAUCCACCCAGUGGUUCUCAUACCAGAGAGAUAGAAUGACAACUUGUACCUAACAGUAUAUAUUCUUAAACAAAAGAUAUUCAUAUUUCACUACACCUAGGUCAUUGUUAAUUCUUCACUUCAGAAGUCAUUGAGCGUUAGCAAAAAAUUAGAUUACCAUGCAAAAUGACCCGAAAUCUAAUUUCAAUAUUCUUCAGUCACACUCCAUACAACCCUUUAAAGUUUUGGGAGGUGUAAAAAAAACAGUACCAAGGUCCUUAAACUUUAAAAUGUUUUUUUUUGUGUGUGUGUGUGUGUGGUGAUCACCACCACAUCAGUAUAAUGAUUUUGAAAUCCUUCAGGUCCUAGAAUUUUUUUUUCAUACAUGGUAGCACAUGGAUCUCAUGAUAAACGUUAGUGGAACACUAGGUGUAGAGUUCACUAGGUGUGUCUAGUGUGCCCUUGUGGCAGCCACCUUCUUUCUUCGUGGUAACGGCACCAUUUGCUUUAUCUUGCCCGUCUCAGGUUUUAAAUCUUUACUUUGUUUUGCGAGAUCCAACUUGGUCAUUUUGUCCCCUCACAUGCUUUGCACGGGUCAUCCAAUGACCCUUUUAUCAUUUUGACUCUAACUCCUAUAGAUGAUCCCGAUUCGAUUUGGCCACUGGCCUAAACAUUUGUAUCACUGUUCUUUGUUUGUCUCCAUCUCUCUCAUUUUAAGGUAAACUCUCCAAAGCUACAGGGAGUUCUUUUUCUGAUUUGGAGUAAGGCAAGCACAAGUUACUGGACAGUCCCUGGUGUCGGUAAUAAAAAGGGAUUGAAUGAAUCUCUGCCGUUUAUAAACGGUGUGUUUUGUAUAUAAAUAUAUAUAUGCAUAUAUAUAUUUAAAAGUAUAUAAAUCUAUUUUAUUAUUGGAUUCCUGGUUAUUUUUCAAAGACACUAUCUUAGGGAGCUGAUCCUAAAGUGCUCUCUGACCUUUGAAUCAUGCAGUUUUGGGAAGGAAAUCAAUUAAUAAUGCUUUUGCACACACAUUGUAAAAUAGUACAUCCCACUUUUUUUUUUCUUUUUUUAAAAAAAAUCACAUUUUAGUUAUGUAUGGGGUAUUGUUUUAUUUAAAAGCUGUUAUUCAAUAUUAAAGGUUGUACAGAUUUUUUUUAAUGUGAUCUUUUUUCUUCUAUUUAAAUUAAAGCUUUUUUUGUCAUCA